CGUUAAACCUUUGCCAACAAUAGUUUUGGCUAUUCGAUCAUCCAGACAUUUCAAAACUCCCGCACUCUUUUUCAAAGUGUUCUCCUCUAAUCUUUCAGAAAUGGGUGUCAAAUAGAUCAUAUAAUUUCGGACAAGGAUACCCAUCUCAGAGUGCUUACGACUCUGGAUUGAACUCCAGUGCCUUCAAAAACAUGCAAAAGAUAAGUCCUGAUGUGCAGAAUCAUCUCAAGAGGGUUUAUUUCACUCUGGCCUGUACUUUGCUGGUUUCUGCACUGGGGGUGUACUCGCACCUGCUCUGGAAUAUUGGAGGACUUCUUACAGCCACUGGCUUAAUGGCUUCCGUUGUCUGGCUUUUAUCCACACCCCCCAAUCCAUACAACGAGGGUAAGAGGGUGAAACUGCUCAUGGCAGCUGCUCUGUGUGAGGGGGCUUCUCUUGGGCCGCUUGUGGGCUUGGUGGUUAACAUUGAUCCAGGGAUUGUCGGGACAGCCUUGGUGGGAACAAGCUUGACAUUUGCCUGCUUUUCAGCAGCAGCAAUCUUUGCCCAGCGCAGGGAAUUUAUGUUUCUGGGAGGGAUUUUGGGAUCAGGUCUGAGUAUUUUACUGUGGUUGAACAUUUCAUCUGCUCUCUUUGGUGAAUCAACAGCAACAUUCGAAUUUGAGAUAUAUUUUGGCCUCCUCCUUUUCAUCGGGUACAUUAUCUUUGACACCCAGGCGAUCAUUGAGAGGGCAGACCAUGGAGAUUAUGACUACAUUGAACACUCAUUGCAACUCUUUAUUGAUUUUGUUGCAGUUCUUGCCCGUUUGCUUAUUAUAAUGGCAAAAAAUUCAGCCAGAAAAUCUGAGAAAGAGGAAGAGAAGAGAAAAUCUGAGAAAGAGAAAAAGAAGAGAAGGGAUUGAAGUAGCAAAGUUAUGUUGGAAGCAGAUUAAGGGGGGUGAAUCAGAGUCUACCAAUUUGACUCAAAAAUUACACAGACUGUGUAAAACAGAUUUGAAUAGACUGUGCAAACUGAUUUGAAACAGUAAUCAAUAUAGAUGCUUCAGCAAUGAAACAGAUAACAUUAAUUCCAAUGAAAACAUUUCCUGAAUAUAAAUAACAAAAUAUGAAUGGCUAUAGAGCAAAAUAGACAAUAUGGACCAAUGUAUUAGAGCAUGAACCUAAUGAAAUAGAAACACAUGACACAGAAUUUCCAGGAGUGGAAAACCCUCUUGGGGUAGAAAAAACAUUCAAAAUGUUCCUUUUAUUAUAUCAAAGUGAACAUCAAUUCUUUACACUGUCGGCAAGAAGCACCAAGCCCUUGAUCAAUCUGAAAUCAAGAAUGUGAAAAUCAAACUCUGAUACCUUUAGGAUUGCAGAAAGUUUGCAGAUUUUACAUAAACCAGUUAUUCCAAUAAUAUCACAAAUUGCAAAAUUGAUUUUACAUAAACCAGUUACUCCAAUAUCAUAAUUGCAGAAUUAGAUUUAUGCAACUAUGAGAUUAUAAGAGUAUAAAAAUGACAAUUCCCUUUACAAAAUUUUCUGCUAUAUAGAACAGAGAAAGUACAUACUCAAUUUGUGAAUUGAUUUUACAUAAACCAGUUACUCCAACAUCAUAAUUGCAGAAUUAGAUUUAUGCAACUAUGAGAUUAUAAGAGUAUAAAAAUGACAAUUCCUUUUACAAAUUUUUUUGCUAUAUAGAACAGAGAAAGUACAUACUCUGUUUUGAACAAUAAUCUUCCUGCCCUUGUAUUUCUGAACCACAAAUCCACUGUAUUCGAACAAUCUGAGAAAUUUCUGAUUUGAGAAGUUUGUUCAAUAAAAUCUCUUUCCAUCAA